CAUGAGGUUAGGGUUUCUCUAGUAAAGGAGGUGGCUGACUAGCACCCUGUGGCUUGGCGGGAGGGGCUUUCGAGCCCAGGCGACCAGGGAAGCCACUGCGUGGGAACCUGGGCUCGCUGGGAAGGCCCGAAGGCAUCCGGGGAAUGCGAUGGCUCAGCAUCCGCCCCCUCGGGAGUUCCCGACUGGGAUCCAACCCCGAAACGCGGAUUUUCUCAGAAUAGAGGGAUGGACUGGAGACUCCAGCCCCGACCAAGUCGUUCUAGUGAGGUCAUGUACACCUGCAGGGAACGCGGGGCCGUCGCGGCCACAUCCGCAACGAAGCCUGUGAAUCAUCCCACCCCCGCUCCAGUCGGCCGGUCCAGCCUGUGGAUCUCUCCCACUGGCAAGGCCCAGCUCCCACCCAUAGCAGAGCCCGGCCUGCCCACGGGGGCGUAGGGCGGGGCGCUAAGGGGCGGGACUGUCGCUUAAAGGGCCACUGACCGCUGCCCUUAGGCCACUUCCUGGGGGUGGAGAGGACCUCAGUAGCUGCUGCGACAACCCAGAAGGCGGUAACGCCCGAGUCCUGAGACUGUUUGUGACCAACAGAGUCCUGGGACACCCUCAGCUCUGACUGCGAGAGUAUCGUCUCUCCCAAGCCAUACAGAACUUCUGGCCAUCGGCUCCUAUCAGUUGCGCCUCCAUCAUUUGGGACACGCGCCCCUAACCCUGGCUGGGCCUUUGGACAGGUCCUCGGAACCCAGCGUGGACUCUACUACUACAAAAGCUCAGAAACUCAGACGCCGAUCCCUUCAGCGACCGACCGGUGCUCACCACCGUCACCUGCUGGUUGAAUUCCGGAAACCCACUGUCUGAAGUAUACAGGAGGAAAUCGCUGACCACGCACAAUCGGAAUCGGCUGGACCAAAAGCUCCCUGAUCCUUCUUUUCUUUACAUCGGUUCUUUCAUCCUCUCGGGGAUUUCUGUGUCCUGAAGCCCCCAACCACCACCAAAGUAGCUUGGGUGAGCUACAAACUUUGCUGUCUUGUUCUCCUAUCUCGACCUCCAACUUAGCACGUCUGAACAUUUCCAUCCAGUUCUUUCCAAACCCCGAAAAUCUGCUUUUUCCUUCUCCUUGUCUGCCUCCUAUAGUCCCCAAAAUUUCCCCCCCUCCUGUGUCUUCUUCACCCCCUUCCUUUGGGGGCCCCGUGACCCUAAAUGUGGGGGGAACUCUAUAUUCCACUACACUGGAGACCCUGACACGCUUCCCAGACUCCAUGCUGGGGGCCAUGUUUAGGGCUGACACCCUAAUGCCAGCCAAUCUCAACCCGCAAGGAGAUGGCCAUUACUUCAUCGACAGGGAUGGCAAGGCUUUCCGGCACAUCCUCAAUUUCCUGCGGUUAGGCCGUCUGGACCUGCCCCGUGGGUAUGGAGAAACUGCCCUUCUUAAGGCAGAGGCAGACUUCUACCAGAUCCGGCCCCUCCUGGAUGCCCUUCGGGAACUGGAAGCCUCUCGGGGUACACCUGCAUCCACAGCUGCCCUGCUCCAUGCAGAUGUAGAUGUUAGCCCCCGCCUGGUGCACUUCUCUGCUCGAAGGGGCCCCCACCACUAUGAGCUGAGCUCUGUCCAGGUGGACACUUUCCGAGCCAACCUCUUCUGCACUGACCCGGAGUGUCUGGCUGCCAUGCGCAACAGAUUUGGUGUGGCCAGUGGGGACAGGGCAGAAGGAGGUCCACAUUUUCGGCUAGAGUGGGCCUCCCGCCCCCAGGAACUCCCUGAAGUAGAGUAUCAAAGACUGGGGCUGCAACCACUGUGGACUGGGGGGCCAGAAGAUCGGAGGGAGGUAGUGAACACGCCUACAUUCUUGGAGGAGGUGCUACGGGUGGCUCUGGAACAUGGCUUCCGCCUGGACUCUGUAUUCCCAGACCCCGAAGACCUUCUGAACUCUAGAUCCUUGCGCUUUGUGCGCCACUAAGGAUGCUGCCCUUCACUUGACUGUGCAGAGGCGGGGGAAUGAGUCAGCCAAGGGGCUAAUGGCUCUUCUAAAACCUCUUUGUAGUUCUGGUGUGGGAGCUAUGAGAGUCAGGGAUCCCACCACCCACCUGGCCGGUGCCUAGAGCUGGGAUUCCCAAAUCGAGCUGCUCCCACCUCCCCAAGACUCAUAAAUGGUCCAGAAGAUCUAUCUACACGGGGGCUUCUCCCGGGAAAGCAUCAUGGAUUCUCUAGCCUGUUCUUGCUAGAUGAUGGGUCCUCUGUAUUCAGAGGUGUGGAAAAGUAAGGAAGCCCUCUUUGCCCAGGCUAAACCUAGCGGAGCUCUGGAGGGUUGAGCACUAGGUGGGAGGACUUUGAAUUAUCAAAUAUAAUCUGUUCCCUAGACUGUGGUUUCCUCUACUGGACCUGGCACCUUAUCCUACAAUAACCAUUAAGAGGCCAGGACACUCUGGGAGGUUUCUUUACUAUGUCCCAAGCCACCUACUGUGGGACACCCCAUCCUAGGAUGACAUAAGGGAGCUAGGAGAACCUCCAUCAGCACGGGGGCUAGAGUUCCCUUCUGGAAUUCCAAGUGUUUUAGAGAAUCCCAUAUGGAAGUGGGGCUGGACCAUGGUGUCCAGAGGCCUCUUUCAUGUGUGUGUGCGUGUCAGCCAAUAGAUCUGAUGAUGCUUGGCUCUCUGGUGUCUUGGUUCCCAUCAGUGUUGCUGACUCCUGUGUUUGUGUGUUGGUCCUUCUGUGAUCUUGGCAUGUCCGGGCCUGUUUAGUGUUGCUUAGCAACUCUCCAGGCUCAGGUACCUCUGUGGUAUGUGUAAGAGCAGAUUCAGAUUUAGUUUAAUCAUAGGGUGUGUGUUUGCAUGUGUGUUUAUGCCUGCACCGCCACGUAGGCAGGAGGGCCUUGUUUGAGUUUGAAUCACACUAGGCCCUUCCCAUGAGAGGUAAAAGCCACUGGGCUUAGCUGGGCCUCUGGGAGCUCUCGGUUGCUGCGACAACCAUGAGCCUGCCUGUUGCUAGGAAAUAGCUGGGUCAGGCCUAAGGCUGUCCUGGGCAGAGAGGAGAUAGAGUUGGGAGAGUCAGGGAGGGUGUGGGAAGGGUCGCAUUUCUGGGUUCCUGGCUGGAUGGGAUACACACAUAAACACCUUCAUCUUUGGGUGGAGUCACUCAUCUAUCACUGUGACUUACAAGAAGAGAAAUAAAUUGCUUUCAGAA